CUGUCGUCAUGAAAGCCCCCGCCUUCUCUUCUUCUCCGGACUCUCCUCUGUUCAGUCUUCAUUAUUACACACUCGCGCCUAGACUCAUCCUUUGUAUCUCUCUUUGAACAGUAAUGGAUUCUCUGCGUGCCUUGCACUGCUCUUCUUCUCCCCAGAUCCACCUUUCACGGAAGCCAUUCAGAUUCCUUCAUCGAUGUAAUAAAACUCCACUGCCUAGUGAUUCCUUCUUAUUCAGGCACCCCAUUUCUAUUUACUUCCACGGCCCCAAAAAAACCUUUCAUAGAGCUAUUUCUGCAGUCUCCACUGAAACUAGGGAAGAGGAAGCGAUACUAAAGAAGGAAAAGAUGAAAGCUUCCGGGCGUGGGAAAGUGAAACUGCAUAUUAGAUUGGAUCACCAAGUUCGAUUUGGUGAGCAUGUUGUGAUUCUAGGAUCAACUAAAGAUCUGGGCUCAUGGAAGAAAAGUGUACCAAUGUCCUGGACGGAGAGUGGGUGGGUGUGUGACUUGGAGUUACGAGAAGGUAAAAAUAUUGAGUUUAAAUUUGCGAUUGUGAGGAAGGACGAAAGUUUAGCAUGGGAAGAUGGAGAGAACAGGGUUUUGAAACUCCCGAAAGGAGGUAAAUUUAGUACUGUUGCUAGAUGGAACUCCACAAAGGAGAAUCUGGAGCUGCUUCCUUUGGGUCAUAAUGAGGGUGAAGAAGACGAGAGGAAUUUGGUGGACGAAAAGUAUGAAGAAAUUGAUGGUGAUUCUGCUUUGGAGGAAGAGCCAAGUCCUUUUGUAGGGCAGUGGCAAGGUAAAGCUGCCUCUUUCAUGCAAUCCAAUGAGCAUCGCGACCGAGAAGCAGAAAGAAAAUGGGACUUUACUGGUCUCGAAGGCCUGGCUCUGAAGUUGGUUGAAGGUGAUCAGAAAGCAAGGAAUUGGUGGAGAAAGCUCGAUGCUGUACGCGAUAUCAUUGCUGAAGGUUUGCAAGGUGAACAACGAUUGGAGGCUCUUAUAUACUCUGCUAUCUAUCUGAAGUGGAUAAACACAGGGCAAAUUGCUUGUUUUGAAGAUGGAGGCCACCACCGGCCAAAUAGACAUGCUGAAAUCUCAAGGCUCAUAUUUCGUGAAUUAGAGAGACAUUCUAGUAGGAAAGAUGUCUCACCGCAGGAAAUUCUAGUCAUUCGGAAGAUUCAUCCAUGUUUACCAUCUUUCAAGGCAGAAUUCACUGCCUCUGUACCUCUGACUCGAAUUAGAGAUAUUGCUCACCGAAAUGAUAUCCCUAAAGACAUUAAGCUUCAUAUUAAGCAUACAAUACAAAACAAGCUUCACAGAAAUGCUGGCCCUGAAGAUUUGGUUGCUACUGAAGCAAUGCUUGCUAAAAUUACAAAGAACCCUGGAGAGUUUAGUGAACCAUUUGUUGAACAGUUCAAGAUAUUUCAUCGUGAACUCAAAGAUUUCUUUAAUGCUGGCAGCCUUGCUGAACAGCUAGACUCCAUCAGGGAUUCUUUGGGCGAAAAUGGUAUUUUAGCUCUUAAUUCUUUCUUGGAGUGCAAAAAGAAUAUGGAUGCGGAUUCAAUUGAUGUCAAGGGAGACCAAGGGAUUACUCUGCUAUUUAAAACCAUGGAAUCUUUGAAUUCAUUAAGAGAAAUAAUUGUAAAGGGUCUUGAAAGUGGCCUUAGGAAUGAUGCUCCUGAUACUGCAAUAGCUAUGCGUCAAAAGUGGCGCCUCUGUGAGAUUGGGCUAGAGGACUACUCAUUUGUUCUUCUAAGCAGGUUUCUCAAUGUACUUGAUGUUAUGGGAGGUACUCGUUGGCUGGCCGCAAAUGUGCAAUCAAAGAAUGUAAAUGCUUGGAACGACCCACUUGGAGCCCUUAUUAUCGGAGUACACCAGCUGAAGUUAUCUAGUUGGAAACCUGAAGAAUGUGCUGCUAUUGAAAAUGAGCUCCUUGCUUGGAAGAAAAGAGGCCUUUCCGAAAUGGAAGGAAAUGAAGAUGGGAAAACAAUUUGGGCAUUGAGACUGAAGGCUACUCUUGAUAGAUCAAGACGGCUCACUAAUGAAUAUACUGAAGAACUUUUGAAGAUAUUCCCUGAAAAAGUCCAGGUGCUAGGAAAAGCCCUAGGAAUCCCUGAAAACAGUGUAAGAACAUAUACUGAAGCUGAGGUUCGCGCAAGUGUGAUUUUUCAGGUUUCAAAGUUGUGUACUCUUCUUCUAAAAGCUGUGAGAAGUACGCUUGGUUCUCAAGGUUGGGAUGUUCUUGUACCUGGAAAUGCUUUGGGAACAUUGAUUCAGGUUGAAAGAAUUAUCCCUGGGUCAUUACCACCAUCAACAGAAGGACCUGUUAUCCUUGUAGUUGACAAAGCUGAUGGUGAUGAAGAGGUUUGCUGGCUUUAGGCUAUUAGGUUUAACUUCUCAAACAUUCUUAAACAUUCACUUCCUAAUGAGGAAAAGGUGGUUUUUGUCACGUGUGAGGAUGAAGAAAAAGUUGCUGAUAUGCAUAAACUUCUGGGCACACGUGUGAGGUUGGAAGCAUCCACUGCAGGCGUUAGUCUCAAGCCAUCACCAUCGGUUGAUACAGGUGGAAGCUCUUUUGCUGAAAGUGCUUCUGAUGACGUUUUUCCCAGAACUGAAAUUCCUUCAUUGUCUGCUGGCAGAUUCUCCUAUGCUAAUCAGGGUGUUUCUACUGGAAUUAUCCUGCUUCCAGAUGCAGAGACACAGACUUCUGGUGCAAAGGCUGCAGCUUGUGGUCGCUUGUCUUCUUUAUCAAGAAUUUCUGAUAAAGUUUAUAGUGAUCAAGGAGUGCCAGCGUCUUUUCAAGUACCUUCCGGGGCAGUUAUUCCUUUUGGCUCCAUGGAAUUGGCACUGGAGCAGAGCAAGUCCGUGGAAACAUUUAGUUCUAUGCUGGAAAAGAUAGAGACAGCAAAAUUGGAUGAUGGUGAACUCGAUACGUUAUGCCAUCAACUCCAGGCACUGAUCUCUUCUCUGCAGCCUCCAAAAGAUAUUAUUGAAAGCAUUAGAAGGAUAUUUCCGGACAGCGCACGUUUAAUUGUUCGUUCGAGUGCCAAUGUUGAGGACUUGGCCGGCAUGUCAGCAGCUGGACUCUAUGAAUCAAUACCCAAUGUUAGUCCUUCCAAUCCAACAGUUUUUGCUGCUGCAGUUAGCCAGGUUUGGGCUUCAUUGUACACAAGAAGGGCAAUCUUAAGCCGUCGUGCUGCUGGUGUGCCUCAGAAAGAAGCUGCAAUGGCAGUUCUGGUCCAAGAGAUGCUUUCACCAGAUUUAUCUUUUGUAUUACAUACCUUCGGCACAACAAACCAGGAUCAUAAUUAUGUAGAGGCAGAGAUUGCUUCUGGCCUUGGUGAAACUCUGGCUUCUGGGACCCGGGGAACCCCAUGGCGUGUCUCAUCUGGGAAAUUUAAUGGGCUAGUGCAAACACUAGCAUUCGCAAACUUUAGCGAGGAAUUGCUUGUACGUGGGGCAGGACCUGCAGAUGGGGAGGUUAUCCGUCUGACCGUGGAUUAUAGCAAAAAACCAUUGACGGUUGACCCAGUUUUCCGCCGACAAGUAGGUCAACGUCUUUGUGCGGUGGGGUUUUUCCUUGAAAGGAAGUUCGGUUGCCCACAAGAUGUGGAAGGAUGUCUUGUUGGAAAAGAUAUAUAUAUUGUCCAAACACGGCCACAGCCCCAUUAAUACAUCUCUCUUCAACUCUAUCUUUUGAGUGGCAGCCUCAAGUGUCAUGAGAUAUAAAAGCAUUCGCUGUUAGUUUGGACAUCGCAUCAGUUGAUUUAGGGUUUAUGGACCAGCUGCUGCACUCUUGGGUUCCAUCACCUUGAAAUAUCAGACGUGCGAGAGGAAGUGCACAGUGGUAUAACAGCAUGUGAUAGGAACGAAAUCAGUCUGAAGGAAGUUGAAGAACUCAUGGUGAUAAUGUGUUAGAACACUCGGGAGAGAUCGAACAUGGUGGGUCUGAUGUGUAAUAAUUCGUCUAAUAAGGAUCAGAAAUAAUGGUAAACUAUGACAAAAAGGAGUUGGAAAUGCAAUAAAGGGAUCGGAAUUUCAUAGAGUUUAGCCGAGUAGAGUGCAAAUAUCACAAUAGAGAUUGAUUUUCUAAAUCUUAUUCUUUUCCCCGUAUUGCUUCUAA